AACAAAAAUCAUACACAUUAGUUUUAUUCCUUAAAGAUGAUGAGACCUGCUCUUGCAUUAUUGCCUCUCUUGCUUCUCUUGAUCGUAGGUAUUGUUGAAUCAAGAAUAGAUUUAGGAGAAUAUCGGAAGGUAGUAGUGAAAAAACAAAACAUGGUGGAAGAAAUUCAAGAACUCCUUGACGCAAACACUAAACAUAAUUUUAAGACUCUGAAACAAUCUUUUGAUGGUAAGGAAAAGAAGAAAGCUCUCAAAGAUUUUGAACCAAGACCUAACCUUUCAUCUUAUGGAGAAAAUGACAUUGAUGAUAAGGAAAAUAAAGGAUCCAUUGAAGAUUUCGAGCCAAAACCUAAUGUUUCAUCUUAUGGAGAAAAUGACAUUGAUGCUAAGGAAAAGAAAGGAGCCAUUGAGAAUUUUGAACCUAGACCUAACCUUUCAUCUUAUGGAGAAAAUGACAUUGAUGAUAAGGAAAAUAAGGGACCCAUUGAAGAUUUUGAACCAAGACCUAACCUUUCAUCUUAUGGAGAAAAUAAAAUUGAUGCUAAGGAAAAGAAAGGAGCCAUUGAAGAUUUUGAACCAAGACCUAACCUUUCAUCGUAUGGAGAAAAUAACAUUGAUGAUAAGGAAAAUAAGGGACCCAUUGAAGAUUUCGAACCAAGACCUAACCUUUCAUCUUAUGGAGAAAAUGACAUUGAUGAUAAGGAAAAGAAAGGAGUCAUUGAAGAUUUUGAACCAAGACCUAACGUUUCAUCUUACGGAGAAAAUGACAUUGAUGAUAAGGAAAAUAAGGGACCCAUUGAAGAUUUUGAACCAAGACCUAACCUUUCAUCUUAUGGGGAAAAUGACAUUGAUGCUAAGGAAAAGAAGAGAGACGCCAUUGAAGAUUUUGAACCAAGACCUAACCUUUCAUCUUAUGCGGAAAAUGAAAUUCAUGCUAAGAAAAGGAAGGGAGCCAUUGAAGAUUUCGAACCAAAACCGGUUGUAUCAGCUUAUGGAGACAAUAACAUUGAUGCUGAGGAAAAGAAUAAAGCAUUCAAAGAUUUUGAACCAAGGCCAAAUGUUUCUGCUUAUGAGAACAAUGACAUUGAUGUUGAAUACACUAAGGAUUUUGAGCCAAGACCAAGUUUGACUAAAGAUGAUGCAUAAAUAUAAUAUAAUGCAACUUCUAUCUAUGAUGGGGUAUAUUUAAAUAAGUCGAUGUUGCUUCAUGUUCAGUGAUUACUAAGUAUGUAUUAUGUUUUUAUGCACUUAAUGUUUUUGAAUAGUUGUUGUAUUCUUGUAUGUUGAAGAGAUUGUUAGUGAAAAUU